GGUGGAGGCGAUCCCCCGAGCAUUCGCGUCCCAACGCCGGGUUAGAGAGUUAGGCAGGCCUGCCCGGGAGCUCGGCAACAGCUCAGACCCAGCUGUAUGUCUCCCCACAGCGAUGAGCCGGUUGCAGGGCGCGCCUUCCAACCUAAGAUGGGGGUGCCUCGAAGGCCAGGGGACGCGGCAGAACUGCGCAAGACUCUGAAGCCCCUGAUGGAGAAACGCCGACGGGCGCGCAUAAACGAGAGCCUCAGCCAGCUGAAGGGGCUCAUCUUACCCCUCAUCGGCAAGGACAGUUCCCGCUACUCGAAGCUGGAGAAGGCAGACAUCCUAGAAAUGACAGUGCGCUUCCUCCAGGAGCUGCAGACGUCCCAUUGCUAUGCGGCUCCCAACUUAGCAGAGAGUUACAGAGAAGGCUAUCGGGCCUGUCUCAGCCGGCUAACUCGGCUCCUGCCCACCUGCAGCCUCCUUGACGGCGACGUGUGCAGACGACUCCUGGAGCACCUGCACCGAAGCGCCUCGGGCCAGUACCCUCUUGGGUUCCCGGACUCCCGGCGCAGCCCCAAAGACUCGGGCUCUGAGUCCCCGGAUGGAAUGCGGUUGGCCUCCUCUCCUCCUGGAUCUGCCUGUCCCCCUGAUCCCCCACCUUCUGGACUCUGGCGCCCCUGGUAGCCUCCUUGGAGGCGAGAGGGACAGCGUAGAAAUCAGGACUUAUUUGGAAUCCCAAGGAAAGGAGAAAAGUGGGCCGAAUCUCCUCGGAAGUGAAUGGAGUCCCUUGGAACAGAGCCCCAGCUAACCCUAGCCCUGUGGAUUCUCGAGGCCCCGACUCCAUUGCCCAGCCUUCUCACAGCAGUUGCACUUUGGAGCUUCUGGUUUCUUUACAGAGGAAACCAACAGGCUUUUUUUUUUUUUUAAUAGCUUUGUUAAAUGUCCCCUCCUCCAGGAAAGCCUUUUGCAGAGAUGCUGACCUCUCAGUACCACUGUGCUGAGGGCGGAGGGGAGGGAAAGGGCUCAGCAUAUUGGAGAGAUCCUGAGCUUGGACCCUGGUCCUCAGAACGAACUUCAUUUCCCUGGAUGCAGAAGAUCGCUGGGGCCGGGCUGUUGGUGUCCCGCCUGUCUCUUCUGAGAGAUGUCUGGGGAUGGUUGCCAAUGCUGAGCUGCCCAAAGCAGGUUGCAGGAUGACCUCCCUCUACCCUGGCUCCCAGCACGAGGAUUAGAGCUCUCCUGAUGCAACCCUGACCCCACCCCAAGGGGAAGAUGGGAUGUGCAGGGGGAUCUUUGCCCGGGCUUGUCUCCCCAUUGAGACAGGUCAGAGCAAAAGAAGCAGCAAAAGCGUUGCGGCUUCAGAUCUAACAGGAGAACCUUUUGGACAGGAGGAAGAGAGCCUGGGACAGAGCCACCAAUCUAACCAGCAAAGGUCUAUGGUGACUUAGAAGGCUUUCCAAGGCACCACCAUCUGCUGGGCAAAGCUAAACAAAUGCUUCCCGGUCUUCUUCCCUGCAGGCUUCUGGGUCAGCAGGAUCAAAGCCCCUGGUGUUCCCACUCACCUCCUUUGCUCAGCUUUGCCAAUUACCAUUCACGUUUAUUAAGUGACUACCAUAGGAAGGGCCCUGAAACAAAGUAGAAACUCCUGGGAACCUUCCUAGGGCUUUGCUCAGGGGGCCUGAAAGUUAGCCUCUAGAAUGAGGCUGCCUUGAGGGGAAUGGUAUUCUAGACCUGGCACUCAAGAAUUAGGGAGAGAAAUUGAGUCCAGGCUAAGCUUAUGGAAGUUAGGUAUCCCCCAAAGAUCUUUUCCUCUUUUAUUUCUUCAGGAAAAGCCACCAAAGAGAAUGACUCUUGUUUCAGGAUCCCUGAUGAUGAUUCUUCCCCAGGACCUGAGCCUCAGCCUUUCUCAGUGGCUCUAUACCUCCACUAGAACCUUUUAAAUCUCCCAAACCUUUUGAUGUCUUCAAGUACAGGGAGCAGGAAUCUACUAGACUAGGAUCUUUAGAAAAAGAUUUGGAGAUCUUUAGGAAAAGAUUCAGAAAAAUAUAUCCUAGAUGUAGCCAAAAAAUGGAGUUCCUGGUCAUUAUUUGAGGUUUUUUGUUAGAAGGCUGAGGUCCAUGAGCCUUCCUGGGGACAAGACUGUGGUUUUGGUGCUCUAAAAUAUGAACCCUUGUAUUUAGGGGAGGAAUUUUAUUUUCAAAUUCUCACAGAUAGUCCUAUGGACUCAGCUUGGAAUUUCAUUUUUGGGGAUUUCUGUUUGACAUCCCAAAACUAAAAGGAAGAACUAUUUGGAUUUUCCUUUCACAUAUUCUUACCAGGUCACCCUUCUUCCUGUCCAAAAGGUUGCACUGUCAGAUCUGAAGCUGCUUUUGCUCUGACCUGCCUUAGGUGGGGAGACAGGCCUGGACAAAGAUUCCACUGCACACCCCAUCUUCUCUGCUGGGGUGGGGUCAGGAUUGGAGCAGGAGAGCAUAUUGGUUCUAAAGUCCAAUAUAUUUCUAGUUGGGUUUUUCUGGCAAUGAAAGUACACCCUUAUGUUCAACCUCUUUUAAAUGCCUAGCCCAGCAACCAGACAAACAAACAUUUGUUGAUGAUGAGGAAUAAUUGACUUCCUUGGGAACAUCUCUAGUUCCUGGAUCACUAUGUAUUCAGAGAAACCAGUCAAGGGCAGGAAUGAGGAAUUCCCCAGUUGUGGUCUCUGAAUCCGUGGGAACAGAGGAAAGUUAUGCCAAGAAACAACCAAGAUAUGGUAGAGAAAUGUGGAACCACCUCCCUCAUUUUCUUCUGCCAGCCACUCCCUUCCACUUUUUUUUUUUAAACCUAUGCCUUUGUCUGAGGAUCAAUACUAAGUAUCAGUUCCAAAGAACAGUAAGGGCUAGGCAAUGGAGGUUAAGUGACUUGCCCAAGGUUGCACAGCUAGGAAGUGUCAAAGGUCAUAUUUGAACCCAGGACCUCCCAUCUGUGGGCCUGGCUCUCUACCCAUUGAGCCACCUAGCUGCCCCUCCUUUCUACUUUUUAAAAAACAGGUAGCUGAAGACAAGCUCAGAAGUGGAAAAUGAAUUCUCUUAUUUCUUCCUUUCACACAGAAGUUAAAGAUUAUAUUUUUUUAAAAAACGGUGCUUUGUUAUUUUGCAUCUGAGAAAUUGUAUUCAAAGGAAAAUGUCUAUAUACAUAGGAUCAUAGAAAAGGAUUAUACCCCAAAUCGUGUUUUUUUUUGUACAGCUUGCAUUUUUUAAAAAAUAUAAUAAAUUCUGCAUGUUAGUUUCA